AUGAAGGUCUCAAUGUUUAUAAACAUGCUGGUUGUGGUGGGCUUCUCAGCAGGAAAGGCUGUUCCUGAUGUCCGCACCUGCCACUUCUGCCUCUUAGAAGACCCUGCUGUAGGUUGCAUUUCAGGCUCAGAGAAGUGUACUGUCAGCAGCUCGUCCCCAUGCAUGGUGAUUACCAUCUAUUAUGAGGUCAAGCUUCGCUUCAUCAUCCGAGCCUGUGGACAGUACCAUUCCUACCGCUGCCAAGAACAGCAUACUACCUACAUGAAGUACUGGUACCAGGCCCAGUGCUGUCAGUAUGAUUAUUGCAACUCUUGGUCCAGUCCUCAGCUCCAGAGUCCUCCAGCUGAACUCCCUGACAGGCCCCAGGCCCUGCCCUUUUCUGAGUCUCAAAUCCAACACUUCUACCAGGCCUUGAACCUCUCCCUGCCACUUCCCAGCUUCCAUGCUGGGAUGGAGCCUGAAGGCCUGGAACCUCUGGCCACCCUGCCACCAACCUUAGGCUUGUCCAUUGCUGACCUGCGCCGCACCUACCUGUUUCUCAAUAGGUCAGGUCUUUUGGUUCUUCCCCAGGCUGGGCUGUGCUCUCCUCAUCCUAGCAAAGAAUCUCAAGUGUGGGCUCCCCCAGACUGA